CUAUUUUGAAAUGUGGUACUUCCGCCUUUGCUCCGUUUAAAUUUGCUUGCUUCCCGGUUUGUUUUUCUGGUCGAUGUGUGGGUGUUUCUUCAUUCAAGCAGAUUAAAAUUUAUCGUGCGAUGGCUUCUGUCAUUGAUAGCGGUCAGAGACCUCUCCAGAAUGCCAUGCGACUCGUAAGCGUGGCUAUUCAGUUGGAUACGGGUAACAGACAUAAGGAGGCUUACUGUGAAUACUUAAAAAGUAUCAACUACAUCUCACAUGCCCUACUUCAGGAUGCAGCAUGUAAAGCUGAGGGAGAGAUGGAGGACUUGGAAGUGGAGAAGAUGGUGAAGCUUGCUGAGCAAUGUUUAGAGAGAGUGAAAUCCUGCAUAGGGAAACGGAAUGACGCGUCUGAUCCUGACUCAUCAGCCGCAAUGUUUCAUGGAACCCCACUCACACAGACCACUGCUCAUGUUUCGAAUGUUGUAGUCAGUCCCACAAAGUCAGUGAUAUCAAAUGAAACAGCGAUGGAGUCAAAGACCCAAAGUAAAUCAAGCUCUAUCGUCCAGCUCUCCAGACAUCGCAGGGUGCUCUCAGAAGGUGAAGGGGCAGGAUGCCCUUUCUUGCCCCCUGAGGUCUUCCAGAAGCUGCAAACAGUGGAUUCUCAAGACAGCAAAAAGGAGUUAACGCCUAUUGAGGAGGCUUCACGUCUGAACCAGAAACUAAAGGCAAAUUAUGAGGCACGUCUGGCAAGGCUUGCCCCCAGUCAGGCCACGCAAAAAACCUCACUAACCCUCUCUCUCCAGAGACAGAUGAUGGAGAACCUCAUCAUAGCAAGAGCCAGACAGGAUGCUCUCCAGAGAAAGAUGGAAGAGAGGAGACUCAGACUGCAGGAACAAGCUAACAGGAGGUUUUCAUCUUCAGGAACGAUGACACCUGAGGAACAGGAGCAGCGGGUUCUGUAUGCAAAUAUCCUGGAAUAUGAGCAAGAUAAUGAUUGGCCUAAGGUUUGGAAAGCUAACCUGAAAAAGAAACCGAAUGAUGCAACUUUAGUUUCAGGCCUUGUCACCUGCCUUUUGAGCUGCCCAGAGCAUCCAGUAAUGAAACUAUUGAAAAAGCUCCAGUAUCAAGUAUAUAACAAGCUGUAUCCUAUGGUGAGUCAGAUUGUCCCCUCCAGCCCACUGCCUGGUUGCUCUGUGUCUUUAAAACCGUCCCGCAGUGCCCAGAGCCUGCUCCUCACUGACAGCCCCAAAGGUCAGCUCAAAUCUGGCCUGGUCCACAGCCUGUCGGAUGCAUCCAUCUCACUCUCACUGGUUCACGACCUCAAUGCCACAGACACAGGACCUGAGCUGGAUUCAGAAGAACCCAUGACUCCAGCCCCUCCAGACCGAGAGAACUCCUUUGAGGAUCUGGAGCAGUUUCUAAAUCAGUUGGACUGGAUUCCAUCUCACAGUGCUGAUGACACAGCCUCUGACGUGACCUGUGACUCAACCCAUGGGGACUUGGAAGUUCACAUUCAGGACCUGGAGGAGCGAGCUUUGAAGGAACAUCUGAAAGCCAUAAUAAAAGACAUUCACAAUGCCAUUGAUCGUCUGCUGUCCCUGUGCCUGCUCUCUUUUGAAUGUCUCAACACCGCAAGCGCCAAAGACCACUGUGUAGCAUGCAUAGAGGAGGUGUUUUUCACUCCGAUUUGGAGCCCUCUACUGGCACUAUUUAGGAGGGUGCACCGGGAGCGAGAGCUAGCUUUUGAAAACAGUGUUCAACUUUACCGUAAUGCCUCACCUGGUGAUAUGGGUGUAGCAUCCAAACUGUACCCCAAAAACUCAGCUGUCCUGCAUGGUUCCUACCCUUACGAGUCAGCAGUGCAGGAGUUGAAACUGCUGUGUAGAGACUACUGGCCACAGAGGAAAUUGGAAUGCAUAGUGCGAACCCUAAGACUCAUCUGUGCCUGUGCAGAGCACUACCGGCUCCUUCAAGAGAACGAUCCGUCACCCAAAACGGCUGCCAUAGGAGCAGAUGACCUCUUGCCUAUCCUGUCCUUUGUGGCCUUGCGUACUGAACUUCCUCAGCUAGUCUCUGAAUGUGCUGCACUGGAAGAGUUCAUCCAUGAGGGGUAUCUGAUUGGAGAGGAGGGGUACUGCCUAACCUCAAUGCAGAGUGCGUUAACGUAUGUGGAGUCACUUCAUUUAGUUGGAACUUCGCAGCAGGCUGCCAAGCCCACCUGAGACAGUUUCUUGGGUGAAUUACUGUGGGCAGCUGGAUAAAAUGUCAAUUGUAAAGAGAUGCAUGUUCAACAGACCACAUCCUCCUCUACUCAGUCUUUCAGCCCAGAGAAUGAACUCCACGUCCAUUUCAGGGCUCUGUAAGACAUACACGUCCAUCUUCCGUUCUUCAGGGACUGUGGAGGAGGUUACACAAAGUGACUCGAGAGCUUACCGUCAGAGCCUGGUGAGCCCAGAGUCCUACUGUGUUGGAGAGCUAGGUCCCAAACCACUGUGAAAGACUGCUCGGGUUAGCGGAGUGGAAUGAAAUUGAUGUUAUGAGGGAAUUGGUUGGGGCAGUCGUCACAUUUAAUGGAGACAUGGAAUGAAAUCAAAUGGCGUGCUUAAUUUUUAUUCUCUGUUCACCCUUUUUAAUUUCCUCAUAAUGCCAUUGUUCAGAAUGUUUUAGUGGGAGUGAAUGGAAGACUAAAGCACUGCAAGUAUUUACUGUCUUAAAUGGAACUAGGUUAACAGACAUUCUCAGGAAGGACAACAGUAGUUCUGUGAAGAAUGUUUUGUGCACUGAUGCGUGAAGAGAUUGCAACUCAUGGCAGGGAGAACUUUAGUUUUAAGUAAACAAUUUUCAGCAAUAUUUUAUGAGUAUGUACUUGGGCAAGAAGAAAAAAGAACCUGAUAAGCGUAUGCCAAUUAGGAACACAGAGAGGACUCUAUUUGGAAUUGUUUGUUCUAGUUCCCAGUAGUAAACCAGAUGAAAAUUUAGAUAGGAUGCAUUGAACUCCUGUCCUGUAUUCUCAAGCCAAACAUUGUCUUUCCAUUUCAUCACCUCAUUGCAUGCUUGCAGAGCACAGUUUCUCUGAAUUUUUAUGCAUAUGCUUUGAUGAAUAGUGGGGAAGCCAUUAAUGCAUAGGUUGAGAAAAGACAAGAUGUUUAGCAAGUGGUUUUUGGAGCCAGCCUAAGCUUCAUCCUGAACUGAAAAAAGAGUUCAAUGAGCAGUUUACGACAAAAAAAACACAUCAGCAUGUGACACCCACCCCCGAAUCAGCACUACUGUUUGAUACUCAGACCUGUAAUACAUUAAAUGUUCAGCCAAUACUUUCUGACUUUAGUGCAAGGUGCUGCUGAAAAUGCAUUGCAAUACAUGCUGCUAGGGAACUUUGCACUUUUCACCAUCUUUUUUUUCAGUUUACUCUCUUGAUAAUGUGAAAAUAUGUCCUUUAUUACUUUAGUGUUCUAAUGUAUGCCAUUUCACACCUGCUUCCAUAUGGAAAGUUUAAAUUUUAUGCUUUUAUUAUGUGAUACUAUUUAGAUAUUUAAGUAUGUUUUACUCUCCAUUUCAAAGAAGCAAAUGAGUUGAAAAAGAAUAUGGGAGGGAGAAAAAAGUUGAAGAAAUGCUAACAUUGCUGUACCACCUGUCUACUAUCUGUAAUAACUGUGAGAAAUCUUCUAGAAUUGUGUGUAUGUAAAUGUAUAAUUAUGUAUCUGUGUAUCCACUAAUGUGACUGUUGUACUUUAUGUAGACUCUCCUGCAAUCUUGAAAGAUGUUUGCUACUGAUAAUCUUUUAAUGUGUAUGCGUAUAGGAGAAUGAGUGGGAGUAUAUGGCCUGCGUUGGAUUUUCUGACAAUAAAGAUGUAAGAAACUGUUA